UGUGGAACUGACGAAUAUUUUCCUUCAUGAACAUUUGUUUCCCUUUAGAGGAUUUCUCAGUGUGUAAUUGCCUACAGUCCAGAAUAUCUCUAUAUGAUCAAUGAACAAAGUGUCAGUCUAAUUCGAAGUCUGCUGUUAAAGAAAGCUACUGCACGGUCCAUUUGUUUUUUCAAGUUUUGGUAUAUGUCCGCAUGAACCUAACAAGUAGCCGUACGCGAACUUCUACAAGUGUGUAGCCUUUUUCUGUCAUAGCCGUUUUCUGUAGCCUAAAUAUCAAAAUCUCUUCAAUGCACGAUACACUUCCUAGAUCGAAAGGGUGUAGAGCUGUUGAGGUUAAACACAAAAUUGGGCGUGCAGCCAAAUGAAUAAGCUGUUCUCCAAAACCAGACUAAUUAACUGGUGCUGUGCAGAACACCUUAACAAGUCCAGAGUUCAACCUGUCCUCACUGUCGGCCAUGGCAGAAACCGGACAGCACACUCCAAGAUGAGCUUGUCCGAUAUGGGGAAUCGUCGGGUGGCAAUUGUGGGAGCUGGGGCCGCAGGCCUCUGCGCAGCGCGACACAUAUUGGCGCGUCCGAAAAUAUUUGCCUCUCCUGUGGUGUAUGAGGUGUCACAACACGUGGGAGGUACCUGGUUCUACGAGGACACUGUGGAGCCCCAAGACAGACGCCAUGUCCAUAGCAGCAUGUACAGAAAUCUCAGAACAAAUUUACCCAAGGAGGUGAUGAUGUUCCCUGAUUUUCCCUUCGAGGCCCACCUGCCUUCCUUCUUGCCUCACCAGGAUGUUCAGAAUUAUCUUGAAAGAUACUGCACACAUUUUGCCCUUACACCUCACAUCAAGUUCGACACAGCCGUGGAAGAGGUGAGGCCCAUCGCCAUGGAAAUGGACAGAGAGAAAGGCCUGGCGUGGGAAGUGACCUCACGUGAUAAACAUGGAACAAAGAACACUGAAACGUUUGAUUCUGUGUUUAUCUGUACAGGGCACUAUUCGGACCCACACAUCCCUCCCACCCCUGGGCUGCAGUAUUUUAAAGGAAAGGUGAUGCAUAGCCAUUUCUACCGCUACCCUGAGCCAUUUGCUGGGCAGUCCAUCGUCGUCUUUGGAGCAGGGGCCUCAGGGCUGGACAUAUCCAUUGAGCUGGCCCAGGCAAAGGCCCAGGUGAUUCUGAGCCACGGCAGACCAGCGCUGACCUUCCCUCUGCCCCCUGGGAUCCGCCAGGCCCCUCCCUUGACCAGGGUCCAGGAGGACGGCCGUGUCCAGUUCCAGGACGGCUCGGUGGCCGAGGCGAAUGUCCUCAUGUUCUGCACGGGGUACAAUUUCAGCUUCCCGUUUCUGCGCCCGGAGCAACUGCACUUAGAUAUCCGGGACCACGUGGUGAUGCCCCUGUACAGGUUCAUUCUGCCGCCCGCCUUUCCCUCACUCUUCUUCAUUGGGGUCUGCAAAACCAUCUGCCCCUUUCCACACUUCCAUUGUCAGGUCCAGUUUGCGUUGGCGGUGCUUGAUGGCACAGUUAGCCUGCCGUCUCAAGAGGAGAUGGAACGAGACGUCCAGGACGCGGUGGACAGGAAGACCACGAUGGGGGUCCUGGAGAGACACCUAAUGAGAAUGGAUUCUGAGCAGUGGAACUACUACCAAAGUCUCGCGGACAGCGGAAGGUUUUCACCUUUGGCCCCAGUGAUUCAGAGCCUGUAUGAGGAAGUGUGGAGACAACGGAGGAAACACCCACAGCAGUACAGGAAUGCGAACUAUCGACUCGUUACUGACACCAAGUGGGAAUCACUGGAGAAAACACACUGAACAGAAAUGCAUUAAUUCCAGUGGGGUGGUUAAAUUCCAAGAUAAUCUGCCAUCAUCUGCAUUAUAAAUGUCUUGGAAAUAGGCCUAUGUAUUGUAUUAAAAUAUAUUGAUUACCUCAGGUAAGUGGCUUGUAUUUCCAAAUUAUAUUCUAUGAUUCUUGAAAUGGAAAUGAAAGGAUAUUCAUAUUUAAAAGUAAAAGAGAAUUGCACAUUUAUGUAUGAUUGACUACAUAGCCACCCACACUGUCAAGGCAUCGGCUGCAGUGCACAAACAAAUUGCGCAACAACUGGUCUAACAGUCCCGUUUCUGAGACGUGGUUUGAAAAGCUAAGUAAGUGAACUUUCAGAUAAAUGUGGGAUAGUGGGAAGAAACAUACUGUGUGGAAUUAAUGUACUAUGCAUUUUCUGUCAUUGUUCCCUUUUAACAUCGAUUGACUUUAUGAACUCCUUCCAAAAGCGCUUGCAAGAAUCCCAGUUUUCCCAUCUGUUUCGAGUCGACAUACGGAUUGUGAAACUGGACACCUAAACUGUUUCUUAACCCUUUGUGCCAACUUGUUCUCAUGCUUUCUAUUUUAUGUUUUAAAUAAACCGAGACACACCUCUCA